UUGAUAAUUUAAAAACAGAAUGUUAUAUUUUGUGAACCGUUGCAUCAAUAAUAUUUAGAUUGAUAAACUCAGCAAGAUGAAAAAAUCGAGCAGUAAGACAUAUACUUCCAGUCAGGAGGACAGCGAGAAUGACAGUGAUGUAACAGAAUGCAGCAUUGGAAGCAAUUCCACUGCUGGCACUCAUCGCAGUGAUACACCUACUCGCAGCGCCCGUUAUAAACGGAAAGGUCGUCGAAGAAGUAAAACAGCAAAGUAUAAACCUUCUAUAGAUAAACCAUUAUACAAAUACUGCUGUAGCGUCAAGGAAGAUCAUGGGCAACCUUUGUUUGGUGUACAAUUUAAUUAUCACUUAAAAGAAGGUGAACCGUUAAUCUUUGCCUCUGUGGGCAGCAAUCGCGUCAGUAUUUAUGAAUGUCCACAGAGCGGAAAUAUACGGCUACAACAAUGUUAUGCUGACCCGGAUACAGAGGAGAAUUUUUAUACAUGUGCAUGGACUUACGAUGAUUCUGGAAAACCCUUGUUAGCUGUGGCAGGAUCACGUGGGGUCAUCCGAGUUAUUAGUCCCGCGACAAUGACUUGCAUCAAACAUUACAUUGGUCACGGACAUGCGAUAAACGAAUUAAAGAUUCAUCCAAAAGAUCCAAACAUUCUGUUGUCUGCAUCAAAGGAUCAUGCUUUACGAUUGUGGAACAUCAAGACAGACGUGUGUAUCGCGAUCUUUGGUGGUGUCGAAGGUCACCGAGACGAAGUCUUAAGCGCUGAUUUCGACAUAAAAGGCCAAAGGAUUAUCUCGUGUGGAAUGGAUCAUGCUCUUAAGUUAUGGUCCUUGGACAAACCAGACAUGCAAGAGGCAAUAAAGCAGUCUUAUCAUUGCAAUCCCACUCGCAACGGCAGACCCUUCGACUCAAUUCUCCAACACUUCCCUGACUUUACCACUCGCGACGUGCAUCGGAAUUAUGUCGACUGUGUGAAGUGGUUCGGCGACUUUAUUUUGAGCAAAUCCUGUGAGAAUUGUAUUGUGUGUUGGAAACCGGGUAGACUUGAGGAUUCGCAGCUACGUAGUGGAGAAACAAGCGCGACAGUUUUGCAUCGUUUCGAGUUCAAAGAAUGUGAUAUCUGGUUUAUACGUUUCUCCAUGGAUUUUUGGCAACGCACGAUUGCAUUGGGGAAUCAGGUUGGCCGCACUUAUGUUUGGGAUUUGGACGUGGAUGAACCUGGGCAAGCGCGUUGCUGGUCUCUUCAACAUCCUCGUUGUACCGCGCCAAUUCGUCAAACCAGCUUAAGCCGAGACGGUUCUGUAUUGUUGUGUGUUUGUGAUGAUGCAACAAUCUGGAGGUGGAAUCGUGAUCAUUAAUUUUAUUCAUUUUAUUUAGGAUUAAGAAGAAGUGCCUUUGCACAUACAUCUCAAAUCGUAUUGGAUAAUCAUACUUUUUGUAGUUAUUUUAAUUUAGGUAAAGCUUGAUAAUCUAUUAGACUAAUUCAAAAUUUUCAAAUCGAAAUGUAUAUAUGAUGAUAAAAACUUGCAUUCCUGUCCAAUAAAUUGUCAAACUUCUUUAACAUAUGUGCCGUAGUCCGACAUGUGUUAACGUAUCUAUUGGAAUUUUAUAAUUGGAAUUUUAUAUUAAUAUAAAAAAAUAUUAGAAAGAUUCUCGGUGUUAAGUAGAAUGUGAAACAAUGAGGCAAAUGAGAAUCAGCGCUGUUGACAGUGCGCAAUUAACUCUUUAUUACAAACUUUAAUAUGUAAUACGAACGUUUUGACUCAAGUUUGAGUCAUCUUCAGUGGAUGUAAAUUAAAGAUCCUGUGUUCAUCUGAUGAACUCACCAAUGAUAAAAUCAUUGAUUAAUUAUUAUAAGCGUAUAUAUUUAUGUCAUCUCUAAAAAAAACGAGAUAAUAGUCACCAACAGGCUGUCAAUCAUCAGAUGAACACAAUUCACACUGAAAUGGAGAGAAUAGUGCAGGAUUAUAACAUGGUUCGUAUCAAGCGGCACCUUGCACAGCGUGUCCAUACUUGAGCUCCAGGCAGUAACUGAACACAAUGACUGAUGAUUAAAGUUUGUAAUAAAGAGUUAAUUGCGCACUGUCAACAAUGCUGAUUCUCAUUUGCCUCAUUGAAUAAUAAAAAAAAAUCAGAAUAAAGUGCAAAAGUAUCUUUAGAAUUUUAAGUGAAU